AUGAAGAGCCGAUCAGGAGAACGCAGGGCGAGUCCCACGAGAUCAACUAUCCGGAAUCUUGCCCCACUGUCAGGGGAGAUUAAGCCGACAAGAGAGGAAGAUUGGGUACCAUUGAAGUGGACUUCCCUACCCUCCUCACCAGAGGCGCGAGUGACUUCAUACCAGCAUCUGACUAUAACGGAUGACCAAAGUGAAGGUAGCGACAUUAAGAGGCGCAAGCUUAUGGCAGUUGCCUCUGGAGAAAACGGCCCAGUCACCUCCUCAGAUAAUUCAGAAGGCGAUCAACUGCCAAACUCCUACUACCUCCACUCCUACCCAGAAAUUCCUGGGGAAGAGCUGCGACGGAAACCUGGUACUCGGCCACUGAAGUCCCGCCCUUGGCUCAUGGACUCUAUUAGCCAGUCAAAGGAUGGGGAGGGUGUACGUUUAAAAGUCUCUUUAGACGAGUCUUUGUCUCGUCCCAUCGAUAUGCAAACCGAGGCUUCGAAAGGUCCUGCAGCGGCGAAUCUCAGGUGGCCAGAUCUGGCGAAAGAAUCUCCAUCUAGCCCCCCUCCCAAAGAGUCACACAGCUCUGCUGCUUCAGAGGCACCUAACGAGAGUCAACUGGCUGGGAGUAAAAGGGAAGCAAUUCAAAUCCUUUCCAAGAACCAGAAACUACUAGACCGCAUUGUUGAAUUAGAAUCGCAGCUUGAAAGUCUUGCCAAUGGCGAGCAGGGACAUCCAGCACGAUUCAAAGUCCUUUACUGUCUUUAUGAGGAAGUUCAAAAUCCCGCAGAUGAUUAUGACAAGAGUCCUUCACAUCUGGACAGAACUCUUUUCGAGGACGAGCCAGAAAUGACACCCAACGGGGAAAAUACUGCGCGCUUAAGAUGUCGGAAUCGAAUCAAUAACCUCGAGCUGUAUCUUCUGAAAAACCCAGGAAUUGCAUUUGUCGUCCUUCGCACAUACCCAGAGAUCCUGCGUCUGGAGGCUCCCAUCGGGCCCCGUUACUCCAAAUCGAUGGAUCACCUUCAUCUUCCUCCACCUUCAACCGAAUUCAUUCUGCCAGUCGAGGUGGCCUUGAGGCAGGGUUUGGAAGCAAUUCUCAGGCGUAAGCCAGAAUUCAAAGAUAUACUCGCCGAGUAUACGAUGAACUGCCGGGUUCUUGCACCAUAUCUUUUCGUGUAUCACAGCCGUGAGGACAUGGAGGAGAUCCAGUCUAUUCUCACCACCGAAGCCUUUGAACAAAUCAGGCUUUUCUUGGUUUAUGUGGAACGCGCGCUGGGAAAAGACUUUGAGAUGGCGGACAGUCUGCUGGAGAAAGGCACAAUAACGCCGCAAUAUCUUCAGUAUCUUUUCAAGCCUGGCGAUGUAUUAGUCCAGAAGUCAGCGGAAUUCUUCACUGGUUUCGUUGCGCAGUCCUGGCUCACCCUAAGACCAGAGCAUUACUGCAAGCCCACUGUCCCCAGACAGGACAAUUUUGGUUCUUCGAUGAGUCCUCUGACGAGCUCUAUGUCCUCCGCAAUCCACCAUUUGGGGAUGGAUCCUGAGAACACAACGAAGGAGAGGCCAUCCAGCCUGGAAGACUGGAUUGAUUCUCAGUCACGGCAAUCCCGUGAAAACUUGAUUUGUGAAUUCAGUGGAAAGACCUUGCAGUUCAAUGGGUCCUUUGCGUGGAAGAGAGAGCAAUUGAAAAUUGAAUUUCCUGCGAACUCUUGGGACAAAAUCAUUCCCAUUGCCGACUUGAACAUUUUCCCACUCCGACAUGCUCCCGAAUCCAUUUUCAAGCUGCUCCAAAAGCGAGGUUCAACGUUUUGGAAGUGCCGCAAAAAAAGUCUCAUCACUUAUCAACCUGGGAAUGAUGAUAAAUCUCACAAACCGACGGCCGAUCGUUACAUGAUUGAUAUGGACACAUUUCGCACUCUGCAUCCUCAGAACCAAGCCUCGCGCGAUGUGUCUACCCAGAAACUUAGCCUGGACGUAAUCAGAGACGACGCACGCUUUCAGUAUCUCUUCCCAUCGCAAAUCAAAGGAUUUAAUCUUCGUCGAAAAGUCUGGAGUGACCUUGCUGUAGACUGCAUCUCCGACGUGGAAUGGAACCGUGAGGCCUUUCAUUCCCUGGUCAUCGACCCCAAGGCCAAGAAUCUCAUCGAGGCUCUCGUGGUCAGUCAGCUGGAAGAGGAAAAGUCCACUGAUUUGAUCAGUGGGAAAGGAAGUGGUUUGAUUCUUCUCUUCCACGGCGGCCCAGGCACUGGGAAAACUCUUACCGCAGAAGGAGUCGCUGAGAUUGCACAGAAACCCCUUUAUCGGGUGACCUGUGGAGAUGUGGGCACCAAACCGGAGGAAGUUGAAAAAUACCUUGACUCGGUGCUGCAUCUCGGACGUAUUUGGGACUGCGUGGUCCUACUCGAUGAAGCGGAUGUGUUCCUGGAGCAACGAAGCCUCGAGGAUCUUCAGCGCAACGCCCUGGUCUCUGUCUUCUUGCGUGUGCUGGAGUACUACGAGGGAAUUCUCAUCUUGACCAGCAACCGUGUGGGGACAUUCGAUGAAGCCUUUAUUUCCCGCAUUCAGCUGGCCAUUCAUUACCCUGAGCUGGGUGCCAAUCAAAGACAUCAGAUUUGGCAGAUCUUCAUUGACCGGCUUGAGAAUCUCAAGGAAGAUAUCGAUUUUGAAAACCUGCGCCAGAACCUCAAUGCUCUCAAGCAGAUCAAGCUGAAUGGACGCCAAAUCAGAAACAUCAUCACCACUACUCGACAGUACGCCAAGUGGAAGAAAACCACUCUUACUUACGAACACUUGAGAGAUGUGAUUGAGAUUUCGGCACGCUUCGGUACCUAUCUGCACGAUCUUCGGGGUUUUUCAGAAAGUGAACUCGCAAAAGAUGGUGGAAUACGAUGA